UAUUUGUGGUCCAAAGCUUUACAAGGCUUGGUUCUAAGUGCAUUUUAUUGGGGAUAUUUUUGCACACAAAUUCUUGGUGGAUAUUUGGCGUUUCGUUAUGGUGCAAAAAUAGUAAUCGGUAUUUCUGGAGUAGCAUCCACACUGUUAACGUUUAUUUCACCAGUUGCCGCCGAUGCAAGCGUUUAUUUUUUCAUUGUUAUCCGAAUAGUGAUGGGUUUAUUCCAAGGUGUCAUCUAUCCGUCGCUGCACACAUUGCUCGGUCGUUGGACGCCACCAAAUGAAUCAAGUCUUCUGUGUGGUCUUGCAUAUUCCGGAAAUCAAAUAGGCAACGUGAUUAUAAUGCCGCUAUCAGCUGUUCUGUGCAAAUACGGCUUUGCUGGUGGCUGGCCGUCACUUUUCUACGUGGUUGGAAUUGUGGCCGUACUAUGGUGUGCCCUGUGGUUUUGGUAUGCAGCAGAUUCACCUGUAAAAAGUCGCUGGAUCUCAGCAUCCGAACGUAAAUAUAUCAUUGACUCACUCAAACGCUCCACAAUUGAUGAGACGAAACAAGUAUCAUUUUUGCCGUUCCAUUUGUGUGAAACUAGAGCAGUCUGA